AUGCCUCACGAUAGACAGCGUCCUCUCUGGCAUGUAGUAAAUCCUGAAGUAGAAGCAGGCUUCGAAUACAACUUGGGCAGCGACGAGGCGUGGAGAGUAGCGAACUCAAUUGGAGCUUCUCCCCACGCGAAUGACGCCAAGCAAAUCUACGGGAGCUACGUUGGAGCCAAUGUCAAUGCAUGCAAAGGCUUGAAACGGCCAGAGUCCGUUUCGAGAGAUUCACACUGCUACGCGGGCCGCUUCUUUGAAACGAAACUCCGAAAAACCAAAAGUCGACGCGUACAAGGCGCGCUGUCUGCAGAGGCGGACGUGCCGCAUCCUCAUGACGGAGAGGGCGGCGGGGCGGUAGCCUCGAGAAGGAACUGGGCCGAACUCCAGCCGGCGGCGACAUAA